GCAGGCCUGAAUCAUUGGGAAUUGUUGUAUGUAGGCAUCAUCUUCUUGGUCUUGGCAAUCGUGUUCCAGUAUUUUAACUUCACAGCAGAUUCAAACUUCUAGGGUAUCUACAAGAAAGUUUCAGAAAAUUGAAAAACUACUGAUGCCUGAUACCAAUUUUGAGUGGCUUGUCGAGUGCAAUGCAGCAUUGGCAUCUAUCUGCUUCAUGAUUUUGCUUGGAUUUGUAGAUGACGUCCUGGAUGUUCCUUGGAGAGUGAAACUACUACUGCCAUCAUUUGCUACUCUUUUCCUAUUGAAGGCAUAUGCUGGACAUACAACCAUCAUUAUUCCAAAGCCUCUAAUUCCAUAUGUUGGGCUAGAGGUGUUGGAUCUAGGUAUGAACUAAUGUUUAUAAUUAAUUUAACAUUAACAAAGAAACAAUUAAAUUUUGGAAUUAAUUAUUAACUUGAUUGGUAGUAAAGAGAUGGGAUUUCAUCAUGGAUUGGGAAAAUUACUGGUUUGGAUAUGGUUAUGACUUGUGAAUCCUUUCAUCUUUCCAAUUCAAGAGUUGGAGAUCCGUCUAGUUUCUGCAUCUUUAGUGAUAAUAGGAAGGGAAUUUAUCCACUUCUGUUAUACAACUUCAGAAAUUAUUCUAUACUUGUCUUUUUAAAUGAUCUUUUUAAAUGAUUCUGUUCCUUGAUGUACUUUCUUCUUCCAUUCGUUUUGUAAUUUCAAAUGCUUGCCAGUUUCUUGGUUUCAUUUGCCAGUCUCUAUAUAUGUGAAUGAGAAAUCUUCAGAAACUUCUAAGUUGACUUGUUUGCAAGAUGGAAUUCCUUUCCUCUCCAAUUGGUUAUUUGCUCUCUUCCAGGACGUGGUUGUAAGUUGCUCUUUUUUUGCUCUCUCAUUUGGAGAGCUCAAUUUCUGAGAUCCUUGACAUUCAGUUACUGAUCACAGCUAAGGAUGGAUCUAUAAAUUAUAUAUGGCACUUCUGGUAGUCUUCUGCACGAAUUUCAUCAACAUUCAUGCUGGUUUGAAUGGUCUUGAAGUUGGGCAAACAGUUGUCAUUGCAUUUGCUAUUAUGGUACAUAAUAUCAUGCAAAUUGGAGCAUCUUCAAACCCUGA